GGAAGAGACGUGGCAGCGGAGGGAUAAUCGGAGCGGCCCGAGGUGGAGAGAGCAGAGCGGUUGCUCGGACGAGUGCGGCGUCUGUCCUUCCGCGCCUCCGCCCGGCGCUCGCGCCCGUCGGGACCGGUACCGCGGCGGAACAGUAACACCGAGAGCGGGGUCUGUGGAUGAGGGCCUACCAUGGGGCUUUGCAAGUGCCCCAAGAGGAAGGUGACCAACCUGUUCUGCUUCGAACACCGGGUCAACGUCUGCGAGCACUGCCUGGUAGCCAAUCACGCCAAGUGCAUCGUCCAGUCCUACCUGCAGUGGCUCCAAGAUAGCGACUACAACCCCAAUUGCCGCCUGUGCAACAUCCCCCUGGCCACGCGGGAGACGACCCGCCUCGUCUGUUACGAUCUCUUCCACUGGGCCUGCCUCAAUGAACGUGCUGCCCAGCUCCCCCGAAACACAGCACCUGCUGGCUACCAGUGCCCCAGCUGCAGUGGCCCCAUCUUCCCCCCAGCCAACCUGGCUGGCCCUGUGGCCUCUACGCUGAGAGAGAAGCUGGCCACGGUCAACUGGGCCCGAGCAGGACUGGGCCUUCCUCUGAUUGAUGAGGUGGUGAGCCCAGAGCCUGAGCCCCUGAACACCUCCGACUUCUCUGACUGGUCCAGCUUUAACGCCAGUGGUACCCCUGAACAAGAGGAGAUAGCCAGCGCUUCUGCUGCCCCAGCCUUCUACAGCCAAGCCCCCCAGCCUCCCGCUUCCCCCAGCCGGCCCGAGCAACACACGGUGAUCCACAUGGGCAAUGCCGAGCCCUUGACUCACGCCUCAGCGCCGAGGAAGGUGUAUGACACGCGGGAUGAUGACCGGACUCCAGGCUUCCACGGGGAUUGCGAUGAUGACAAGUACCGGCGCCGGCCUGCCCUGGGCUGGCUGGCCCAGCUGCUCAGGAGCCGGGCUGGGUCUCGUAAGCAGCCACUGACCCUGCUCCAGCGGGCGGGGCUGCUGCUGCUGCUGGGGCUGCUGGGCUUCCUGGCCCUCCUUGCCCUCAUGUCUCGCCUGGGCCGGGCUGCGGCUGACAGCGAUCCCAACCUGGACCCGCUCAUGAACCCUCACAUCCGUGUGGGUCCCUCCUGAGCCCUUGCUGGUGGCUGGGCCAGCCUGGGACCUAGGGGCCUGAGGAGGGGAGGUGGGGAGAUCUGGGGACCCUUCUUCUCUGCUCCUCUCCCUCUGGCCUGAGACACUAAGAUCCCAGGCCCAAAGCUGAGUCCACUAAAGUGGCUGCAGGCUGGGCCUGGGAUCCCCGUAGGUCAAGUAUUUGUUUUGACCUGCUUCCAUGGGGUCCCCAGCCUCCCACCCCCUCCCCCACAAAGGAGAUGACAGGUGGAAAUAAACGACAGACUUUAUUAAAAUA